AAUGUUUAUUUUAAUGUCUGUGCUGCUGAAGUGUUCUAGGGUACAUCAGAUAAAGUGGACCUGUGUGUGAUCACCAAGAGACUGGGGACGGGAGGUGGCCGUCCCCCGGAGACGAGUUGGUAUCCCCCCCAAACAGGAAGUGACAGUCAGUCUACGGAGUAAAUCCCACAGAAGCACACGUAUGGACCCGCUCCUCUUCCUCCUCCUCUUCAUCGUCAGUCUGCCAGGCAGUGCCAGCGUGUGGACGCAGGGCAGGGUGUCUGCGCAGAAAGGGGGCUCGGUCUCCAUCCCGUGCCACUACGCUCAGCAGUAUAAAGACAGCGUGAAGUACUGGUGCAGGGGCGUGCUCUGGCCCACCUGCAUCGUGCUGCAGCGCACGGACUCUCCACAGGGCAGGGCAGGCCUGUCAAUCACAGACGACCCCGCCCAGCAGGUCUUCACCGUCACCAUGACCAACCUGCAGCUCUGGGACACCAACAAGUACUGGUGCGCCGUGAAGAUCAAAGGCAUCGACACACCUGACGCCAGGGCAGGAGUGUUCCUGUCAGUCACCAGAGGAACUCUUCCACCAGGAACUCCACCCUCCGCGCUGCCUACAGGAACUCCUCCACCAGGAACUCCACCCUCCGUGCUGCCUACAGGAACUCCUCCACCAGGAACUCCACCCUCCGCGCUGCCUACAGGAAAGACACUCUCAGCAUCAGUCUCCUCUCCCAAAGGCAGUGCCAGCGUGUGGACGCAGGGCAGGGUGUCUGCGCAGAAAGGGGGCUCGGUCUCCAUCCCAUGCCGCUACGCUCAGCAGUACAAAGACAGCGUGAAGUACUGGUGCAGGGGCGUGCUCUGGCCCACCUGCAUCGUGCUGCAGCGCACGGACUCUCCACAGGGCAGGGCAGGCCUGUCAAUCACAGACGACCCCGCCCAGCAGGUCUUCACCGUCAACAUGACCAACCUGCAGCUCUGGGACACCAACAAGUACUGGUGCGGCGUGAAGAUCAAAGGCAUCGACACACCUGACGCCAGGGCAGGAGUGUUCCUGUCAGUCACCAGAGCGUUGCCCCCGAUGACCCCCCGAGCAGCAGUCUCCAUAGCAACACCGCCCUCUGCAGGACGCUGCGUAGACUGCACAUCACCUCCACCCUCAGCUCGUUCUGCCUGGUCACCGGCGCUGUCUCCGUCAGCUCCUUCAUCUACAACACCACCUGUCAGUCUGUCUGCACCAAGUUCUCCACCCACAGCAAUGCCCCCCAACCUGAAAACAACACCUCCACCCACAGCAAUGCCCCCCACCCUGAAAACAACACCUCCACCCACAGCAACGCACUCCACCCUGAAAACAACGUCUCCACCCACAGCAACACACGCCACCCUGAAAACGUUUCCACCCACAGCAACGCCCCCCACCCUGAAAACAACACCUCCACCCAAAGCAACGCCCCCCACCCUGAAAACAACGUCUCCACCCACAGCAACGCACUCCGCCCUGAAAAUGUCUCCACCCACAGAAACGCCCCCCACCCUGAAAACAACGUCUCCACCCACAGCAACGCCCCCCACCCUGAAAACAACGUCUCCACCCACAGCAACGCCCCCCACCCUGAAAACAACACCUCCACCCACAGCAACGUCCCCCACCCUGAAAACAACAUCUCCACCCACAGCAACGCCCCCCACCCUGAAAACAACAGCUGGACUCGGGACUCUCUUUGCGGUGACGUCUAUGGCCCCUCCCUCUGCCUGGCCGAAACGUGCCCGCUCCCCAGCCCGUCCUGGUCCGCCUGCCACGCCUUCGGCACCCGCGUCCCGAGCCGUUCUCAACAGAGCCGACCCCCAGAGCCUGGGGCAACACAGCUUACGCUGGUGGCAGUCUCUUCUGGUUGCCUGCGGGGUCCUGUUGUUGGUGGCGACAGUUGCCAUGGUGACAUGGAAGACGUGGAGGCGGCGUGAAAGCUCAUACAGCAGGUGGGAGAUGGACGAACUGGAGUCCAACCUCGUGCUCCACACGGAGAGCAAGAAUGACCUCACAGGCCCCGUCCCGCUGUUCCUCAGCAGGGAGCCCCAGGGAGAACACCUGCUUUGACAGCACACUGCUAACGUGCUAACGUGCUGAAGAAGUCUACUUCAGACCAAGAUGACGUGACCACAAACCAAUCGCCCCUGUCCCCACGAUUCCAUUUUAUUUUGCGCAUGCCAAACCAACAGCAGCACUGACACUCAGGCUUGAAAACCAACAAAACCCAUUUGGCACAUUGAAGAAACAUCAAGAUCAGAAUGGACAAGAAACACUUGAAGGAAUGCCAAGCAGGAUGAUGUCUGAAUUUAAAAAUCAGAUCAGUUCCAAAUUCAUAUGGAACCUCUGUUUAUAUAUUAACAUGUAAAAUAAAAUAAAACAAAAUAAAAUAAACAUUUCUGUAUAAUUUAUUUAAAAAAUAAUAAUGCCAGCAGCAGGAGUUUAUACAGUAUAUGAAAUAACCAACACAAUCCCAAGUUGGACUUCAGCCGUGACAGUUUUUCUGUCAAGCCGGACCUCUGCAUGAUAUUCUCACUGAUGAUGUCACAGUUCACAUCACGGGACAGGCCAAUGAAAGGCUCGAGCGCCGACUUCUCCAGCUCCACGGCAACAAGAUUUUUGAUUUAAUAUUUAUUUAAUACUAAAUGUUUUUU